AAAAUGUUUAUUGCGUAAUUUGCCGCUUUAUUUACUUUUUUUUAUCACUAACAAGGAAAAGUAAACAUAUUUUAAAAUGACAGAAAAUUCAAUACAAAAUAAUGAUGAAGAUAAAAUGACGGAAAAUUCUAAGUUUUGUAAUGAUGAAAAAACAAGUAAAAAUGAAACAAGAUUAGGAAUAAAAACAUGGCGUCCAGAAUGUUUACAAAAGUUUAAUUCUAUUGGAUAUUUUUUAGUUGCUCUUAGCAUUUUCUCGUUCUCCCAAGGUGUUGUAGUCAAUGGCAUUGUUACGGCAUCUAUAGCAAGUAUUGAAAAAGAGUUCGGGUUAAGCAGCAAAGUAAUGGGCAUAAUUGUGUCUGGAAAUGACGUGUCGGCUGUGAUUGCCGUCGGACUUGUUAGCUUUUUUGGAUCUACACGUAAUAAACCACUUAUACUUUCAAUAGGUGCUUUCAUCACAGGAAUUGGAGCGUUAAUGUUUACCUUACCAAAGUUAAUUGCUGGUAAUUACCAACCAAAAAAUUUUGAACAAAAUGAUUUAGAUAUUUGCAAUUUAAACAAAACACUUUCUAGAAAUUGCGUAAAUCAACCAGAAAACAAUGCCAACGCUGUCGUAUUUUUUAUAGCAAACUUUGUAAUGGGAGCUGGCACAACACCGCUGUAUACUCUAGGUCCUGCCUACUUAGAUGAAAAUGUUUCACCUAAUAAAACGCCAAUUUACUUAGGGGCUUGGUUUGCCGCAACUACUUUGGGGCCUGGUGUUGGGUAUAUAAUUUCAAGUAUUUUUUUGAGAAGGUAUACAAAUAUAGACCAGAAAACACACUUAAAAGUUAAGGAUAGUGAGUGGGUUGGUGCGUGGUGGUUUGGUUUUCUUGUUAUGUUUGGCUUCUUGAUGAUCUCUGGGUUUUUACUUUUGUUUUUUCCAAAACAGUUACCUGGCGGAGAUAAGAAAAGAGAAGAAGCAAUAAAGCUAGGAAACCUACCCCAAUCAGACUUAAAUGUUAAAUAUACAAUUAAAGGUUUUGUAAUAGAAAGUUUCAAAAUGCUCCGUAAUAAAUCUUUUAUGUUAAGUGUACUGGGACUUACAGUAAAAUCAUUGUUUGGUGUAAGCAUUGGAACUUUUUUUUCAAAGUUGCUUAUUCUUAAGUUUGGAAUUCCACCUGAUAAAGCAAAUAUGAUUUUGGGCGCAGUUUUGGCACCCACAAUGAUAGUUGGUGUAAUGGGUGGAUCAUUGAUAAUGCGCAAAUGGAAAAUAAAAGCAGCAGGAAAAACCUCCAUGCAGUUUUGCUUUAUUAUAUCAAUAAUCGCUGGCUUGUUUUCUAUAUUGUUUUUUAUACCUGGAUGUAGAAAUACAAAUCUAGCUGGUGUAAUAGUACCAUAUCCAAACCAAUUGCUGGAAAAUUCAUUAAGUUCACCAUGCAACUCAAACUGUAGCUGUUUAGAAAAAAAAUAUUUUCCCGUAUGCGGCUCAAAUGGGAUCACAUAUAGUUCUCCGUGUUAUGCAGGCUGUCAGACAAUUCAGAAUAGCAAAGGAAAGGUAAACUUUUUUGAAAACUGCAGUUGUAUAUUACAUGGAGACAUACUACAAAAUACCUCUCGCUAUAUUGAUCAAGAUUACAAAUAUAAUUCUUCCGCUUACGCAACGCCUGGAAAAUGCGACCGUCAUUGCAAAAACGCAUUUUUAUUUGUUUUGAGUGUAACCUUAUUGAUUGUUUUAUCAUUUUUAUCAGGAACGCCACAUAAAAUAGCUGUUCUUAGAUGUGUUCCCGAUAACCAACGCGCAUUCGCAUUGGGUAUGCAAUUUAUGAUUAUGCGAAUUAUUAGCUUUUUACCUGGGCCAAUUAUUCUUGGUGCAGUUAUUGACUCGCAAUGCAUUACUUGGUCAUACAGCGAAUGCGGUAAAAAACUUGAAUGCUUAGACUACAACUCAGAUCGUCUUUCGUUUAAUCUUGUUGUAUUUGGUGUUGCAACAUCAGUGAUUGGUUCAAUACUCUACAUCUUGGCAUGGUGGUUUUAUCCCAAAUUACCAUCAAACUCUAACAUAGAAUUAUCAAACACAAAUAAUGAAAAAAGCUAAUUCAUUAUAUAUAUAUAUAUAUAUAUAUAUAUAUAUAUAUAUAUAUAUAUAUAUAUAUAUAUAUAUAUAUAUAUAUAUAUAUAUAUAUAUAUAUAUAUAUAUAUAUAUAUAUAUAUAUAUAUAUAUAUAUAUAUAUAUAUAUAUAUAUAUAUAUAUAUAUAUAUAUAUAUAUAAAUUAACCUAGUUUAAGUUGUAUAAUUAUUGCAUCGCUUCAGUUGUUUGCGAAGCCAUUUUUCUUUUUUCUCUCCGUCAACACUAGUAGUUUCCUGCAUUUUAAUUAACAAAUUUUAAUUUACAAGAUUUAUUACUUUUUUCAUGAUUUGACCGAAUUGUAUUAACUUAUGAUAUUUUUUAUGUUGCGUCUUUGUCUCGAGAAAUAGUAAAGAAUUUAUAAUAAAAUCUUUUAGAUUUAAUACUAAAUUGAAAAA